UCUAGUGUUCACCAUUAUUCUAGGAACCCUCUCUGUAAUUAAACCAUCAAUUUCUAAUAUCCAUCUCCUCAUUUUUACUCCCUUUCCUCUUCCCUGUCAAAAUUUUUAAUUUUUUUUUUUGUUGGGUCGAAUUCAUUUUGAUCAACUGUUGAAAUGUCACAAAAAAAAAAAAGAUCAACUUUUUAGUUUUAAAUUCGUUUAUUUAUUGUUUGUUAGUUUUAGUAUUUUAGUAACGAGGAGUAGGUGAUGAUCGUUGGCGGCAAUUCCUUUUCAAAAAGAAAGAAGAUGAAGGUGAGAAGAAAAAAAAGACAAAAUUUAUAGCAGCAGCAGAAGAAUAUGACAUGAUCAGAGAUUCAGACAAGUACUACUUUAAAAUGGAUAGAUUUGCAGGGUUAUAUAUUCUGCAAGUUCAAACAGAUCAAAAUUAAGAAAAGAUUUGUAAAUAUUUUUAAUUUUAGAUACAGAGAAAAAAUAUGACUGUUGAAUUGAGAGUUGUAAAGAAAGGAAAUGAACAGAACAAGGUGAAAGAAAAGAAAACGGUGUUGGUAGGGAUUCGUAUUGAUAAGCUUGGUAGAGAAUUGCUUAAUUGGGCUCUUGUUAAAGUUGCUGAACCUGGAGAUCAAGUUGUUGCCUUGCACGUUUCUCGAAAUUUUGAUGUGUCUGCUGCGGAUAAUCUCUUAUUGGAAGAUUAUCUAGAAGUUUAUAAAGGCUUAUGUAAUGAAAAAAAGAUUGUUCUUAGAGGAGAAGUUUGUAAUGGAUGUUCAGUUAGAGAUGUAUUAGUUAGAGAAGCAAAGGUAUUUGAUGCAGGGACUGUUGUUUUAGGAGUUAGCCGGAGGCGACAUGCUUUGAGCUCUUCUCUGUAUGUGGCAAAGUACUGCUAUAAGAAUUUACCAUCAAAUACUUCAGUAUUGGCAGUCCACAACGGAAAAGUCGUCUACGAAAGGGGUCUCACUACCCGUCCACCAGGAAUGAAAUGGGAUAGAAGGCCAAGUAUAUACCCAUUUCAGCUUCUGAGUCUGAAUGAAACUCAAAGUCCCAAACUAUCUGAGAUAUCUGAAGAUGGAUCAGGAGAAAGUGAAAACACAAAGAGUGACAAUUUCAGGUUUUCUAAUGAAGAUAGAGAAGAGCUUUGUUCAAGCUCGAUGUCUGGUAGUGACGGUAUUAAACAUGGUAGUGCCCACCUCGAUCAGCUAUUUAGGGAGGAACCUUUUAGUCCUGUAACUGUUAAUGAGACACCAGAAUCGAAACCGGGUUGGCCUCUGCUUCGGUGUGCAACUUCUUUGAAUCAAAACAACAACCAUAAAGAAUCACAAGGAGCUAGGAAAAUGUCAGUGGUGCAAUGGGUAAUGAGCUUACCCAAUAGGUCGCUUCCUGAAACCCCGACUAGUUAUGAUUCUGAUAAAAGUGACAAUCAAUUUGUACGAGAGUAUGAAAACGCACUCAGUAAUAAGAAUUUGGAGGCGUGGGGAGAGCUUCCUAAGGAAAUGGAUCUUGUAGUCAGGACUAAUUCCUCUAACUGUAAGUGGUUUAGUCAUAAGGAGCUCAGCAAUGCAACUUCUCAGUUCUCCACAGAAAAUGUAAUUGGGAAAGGAGGGUGUAGUCGUGUGUACAAGGGUAUUCUUUCAGAUAGAAAAUUGGUUGCAGUGAAGGUUUUAAAAGUGUCCAAGGAAUCAUGGAAGGAUUUCGUGUUGGAGAUCGAUAUCAUCUCCUCGCUAAAGCACAAAAACAUUACACCUCUCAUUGGGGUGUGCAUUAACAAUAAUGAUCUCGUCUUAGUUUACGAUUUCUUCUCCAAAGGAAGCCUAGAGCAAUAUCUUCAUGAGAAGAGAGGGAAAAAUGGUAUGUCAUGGGAUUUACGGCUUAAGGUGGCAAUUGGAAUUGCUGAAGCUAUCAAUUACCUGCACAAUGAAUGUGCUAGGCCAGUUAUACACAGAGAUAUCAAGUCGUCAAAUGUUCUUCUUUCCAGAAACUUCGAGCCACAGCUCUCUGAUUUUGGUCUAGCUCUUUGGACGCCAAGAACUUCAGCAGAGGCGCAUUUUGAUGUAGUUGGAACGUUUGGCUAUCUAGCUCCAGAAUAUUUCAUGUACGGGAAGGUUACGGAAAAGAUAGAUGUCUAUUCGUUUGGGGUUCUUCUACUUGAAUUGUUAUCUGGAAGAAAGCCGAUUAGCGACAAGACACCUAAAGGACAAGAGAGCUUAGUUAUGUGGGCGAAACCAAUGCUGGAGAGCGGGGAUAUUGCAGGAAUAAUGGAUCCUGAUUUGAUUGGAAAAUACAAUGAGGCGCAAAUGGAAAGAAUGGUUUUAGCUGUGACUCUUUGUAUCACAAGAACAGCUCGAUUACGACCAGAGAUGAGUCAGGUAGUGAAGCUUCUAAAAGGAGAAAUUGACGUGGAGGAGUGGUCGAAUUCCCACGGGAAUGACCUUGAGUACCGAGAAGAAGAAGGAGAUGAAGCUCAUCCAGAUUCUAGUGCUGAAUCACAUUUAAGUGUUGCUUUGUUCGGUAUGGAUGAUGAUGAUACAACAUCGCCUAGCAGUAUAGAUCAAAGCGAACGCCGCUCUUUGGAUUCUUAUCUAAAAGGAAGAUGGAGUCGCUCUUCAAGCUUCAACUAAUGUCCUCCCUCUACCAGGCACAUAUCAUUUCUUCAAAUUUAAUGGGAGGCCGUCUUCCCUUUGACGCUGCAAAAAGUAUUUUAGGUUUCUUUUCUUAUUUCUUUUCCCGGUAGUGUACAGUUGAGAGAGAGAAUAACAAUUUCAGUUUGCACCCAAUAUACUACACUGGUGGUGUGUUAGAUUUAGGCAAUUUGGUUGCAGGAAGUUGUCAGAAUAAAAGGAUCUGUUUUUCCAGCGAUUCUCAAAGGUUUCCCAACCAAAAAAGAUGCAUUUCCUGUAUGCGUCAAUUAAAUUUAUAUCUUUUAGAGAAUGUAAAUGUUUGAUAAUUGAAGUGUUUCAGUAAUUACGAAAGUUCUCAAAUA